CACACACUUCCGUGUAGGUGCAGGGUUUAUUUGUGACGGUUACAAUAUUGACGGUCCCUCGGCUGUAAAAACGAUACAGUAAAUAUUAUUUCCAUGUAAACUUAAGUUAACAAACAACCAAACUUCGACAACAAAACCCCACCCAAUUUUAUAAGGGCGGCUCCAUUGGCCGGAGCGUCUGUAGAUCCGUUCCCUCUUUAUUUCUCGCGUCCCAUUGGCCGGCGGUGACGACAAUCCUGCGCCCUGCUCCCGCCCACCGAGCGGAUCAAGUUUGAAUGAACAACAGCAGUCUGCUCCGGAGGUGGUAGUUGCAUUUGCAGUAAUUAUUAAAAGUGUGUAUCGUGUCGCGGGCGCGCCGAUCCAGGAUGGACAUGAAGAAAAGAAUCCACCUAGAGUUGCGGAACCGCACUCCGUCAGAUGUCAAAGAACUUGUGCUAGACAACUGUCGCUCAAAUGAAGGCAAGAUCGAGGGUCUAACGGACGAAUUUGAGGAGCUGGAAUUCCUAAGCACAAUCAACGUUGGUUUGACAACAGUUGCCCACUUGCCGAAGCUAAAUAAACUCAAAAAGCUUGAACUCAGCGAUAACAGGAUCUCAGGAGGGUUGGAAGUUCUGGCAGAUAAGUGUCCCAACCUCACGCAUCUCAACCUCAGUGGCAACAAGAUUAAAGACCUCAGCACAAUAGAACCGCUGAAAGAGUUGGGGACCCUGAAGAGUCUAGAUCUGUUUAACUGUGAAGUGACAAACCUGAACGAAUACAGAGACAAUGUGUUCAAGCUAUUACCCCAGCUCACGUACCUGGACGGGUACGACAAAGACGACAAAGAGGCGCCGGACUCCGACGCCGAGGUGUACGCGGAGGGCUUGGACGACGACGAGGAAGACGAAGACGAUGUAGACGAGGAGGAGUACGACGAGGACGCGGCACCGGGAGACGAGGAGGAGGAAGAGGGAGAGGAGGAUGAAGAGGAGAAUGAAGAGGAGGAAGAGGAGGACCUCAGUGCGGAGGAGGAGGAGGAGGAAGAUUUGAACGACAGAGAGGUCGACGACGAGGAUGAUGAAGAAGAGGAGCGAGGUCAGAAGAGAAAAAGGGAACUGGAUGAAGAAGGGGAGGAGGACGAAGACGAUUGAGAAUCCUCUCGAAGCUAAGUUGUGAACUGUUUUAAAUUCGUAUCUCCCAACAACCCCAUGUAUUUUUCCCCCUUCCCCAGCCCCAGUUUCAUAUUGCAGUAGGAGUGCUUUUUGUUAUCGGCCAGUCAGGUAGACAGACAGACAGACGGGGUGUCCUGGAGGAAAAAAAAAAAAACAAAACAAAACAAAAAAACACAAAGUAAAAUUUCUGUACCUUUGAUGCUCCCGUGUUCCAGUCUUUACGGUCCACUUUUAACGGCUCUGUGGGCACCGGUUUUGUAAUAUCAAAUAUUAGCAAAGAUAAAAAAACCUUUUUUGAGAAAUGUUUUUGUUUUCUCACCGUUUUGUGUAAGACCAGUUUCUGAUGUAUUUUAAGAUCCCCCCUCCCCUCCUUCAAAAGAAAAAAAAAAACAACAAAAUGAAACAAAAAAAAGAGUGCAUGUCUAAUACAUUUUAAAGUCAACUACUGGAUUUCAUGUAUGGCUGUCCUCUCCUCGUCUUAAACUUAUUUUUUUUCUGCAUUGUAUUUUAUUUUUAUUUUUUAAAUGUAAGUUAUGUGUUUGUAGUGUCACCAGUAUGCCAAUACUCUCUGCUGUCCUGGUGUGAAACUUGUGUCUGAACAUGCACAGUGUGACCCUCGCAGGGCAUAUUUUUAAAUCAUAGCAAAAAAAUGUCUGCCCUUGUCAAAGCUGCUCCUCCUCCUCAAACCCUCAGCUUUGAUAGUUCGGAAAUUACGUGUUCUUGUAAAUAAUGACCAAAUCUAUUUUUUUGUAUUCUCUUUGAUGACGGCAGACAUUGAACAGACAACUGAAGUGAAACUAUGAAUUGUAAUAAGAUAUUAAAUAUGUAUGCUGCUUUAUUCUAAAAAUACGCAGUGUGAAAUUUCUUGAAUUUGAACAUAACUUUGUAUGCAUAAUCUUUCCAUAAAGAGAACAUCAGAGCUCAUUAUUUUCCAUGUUCUUUUCUGUGACACACAGGUGGCAAUGUUUGAAUUUGUGGUGGUAGUGUAGAAGAAGUGCUUGAUAUAAAUGGAGGUUACAGCCGCAACUUAUGUGCAUUGAAAAUUUAUUUGUUUCAAAGUGUAAACUCUGGAAAACGGUCAGUUAUUUGGACUUUGUUUUCUCUAGUGUACGCAAUGGUCAAAUUGGCCUACCUCAGUGAUUUUUCACUCUGUUAAAUCCACUGUCAUCAGCCAAAUUCAGUUUCUUUUUUUCUCCCUCCCAUUCACUUCAAUAAAUCCCUUUUAUAUA